AUGAUUCGUUAUUGGAGCUUCUAUUAUGAAGAUCACCCGGUCGCGAAGCUCGAAGCUUAUCCAGGAGAUGUUUUUUAUUUACACUCACGCCUUUUGGAAAGAGCCGCUAAAUCAAGUUCUUCUUUAGGUGAAGGAAGUAUGACUGCUUUACCAAUAGUUGAGACCCAAUCGGGAGAUGUUUCGGCUUAUAUUCCCACGAAUGUAAUUUCCAUUACAGAUGGACAAAUAUUCUUAUCCGCCGAUUUAUUCAAUGCUGGAAUCAGGCCUGCUAUUAAUGUGGGUAUUUCCGUCUCCAGAGUAGGAUCCGCGGCUCAAAUUAAAGCCAUGAAACAAGUAGCUCACAAUAACAUUGGAACAAGCCACACCCUCAAAUGCCAAGAAGUUCUAUAA